AUGAGGGGACUCCUGACGUUUUACCGGGGCCUGUGUACCCUGAGUAACCGCCAAGCCAGACGCAGAGCUGGGAUUGUCGGUUCUCGGUGCGGGCUUUGCGGAACUCAGUCAAACAGCAAGCAACAGCCAAGAUUCGGACUGCUGUUUGACAUUGACGGCGUGCUCAUCCGUGGAAGGUUGCCAAUCCCUGCUGCAAAAAAGGCGUUCGAGAAGUUGAUCGACUCUCAGGGACAAUUUGUGGUGCCCGUCGUUUUCGUCACAAAUGCAGGGAAUUGCCUCCGACAAACAAAAGCAGACCAACUCUCUCACAUCCUGGGAGUACCUAUUACACAAGAUCAAGUCAUCAUGUCCCAUAGUCCCCUGAGGAUGUGUAAGAAGUUUCAUGAUAAGUGUGUGCUCGUCUCAGGACAGGGACCGGUCUUGGAAAUUGCUAAAAAUGUUGGCUUUAAGAAUGUCGUCAGUGUUGAUAUGCUGAGGGAAUCGUUCCCAUUGCUGGACAUGGUGGAUCACAACAGGAGACCCACAAUGCCGUCCACACCUGUCGGAAACCUCCCUAAGAUUGAAGCCGUGGUUCUGUUCGGGGAGCCGAUUCGAUGGGAGACCAACCUGCAGCUGAUAAUUGACACUUUGUUGACCAACGGUAACCUCAACGGCGUUCACCAAACCCAAAAGACGCCUCACCUCCCCCUGCUGGCCUGCAACGUGGACCUAAUGUGGAUGGCUGAGGCACAUUCUCCACGGUUUGGCCAUGGGACCUUUCUUGUGUGCCUAGAGAACAUCUAUAAGAAGAUCACAGGUAAAGAUCUGAAGUAUGAGGCGCUCUUGGGAAAACCCAGCGAGCCGACCUACCAUUUUGCAGAGUACCUCAUCAGAAGCCAGGCCAUGCAGAGGCAGUGGAAACUUCCCAUCACUUCCCUUUAUGCUAUAGGGGAUAACAUUAUGACUGACAUCUACGGCGCCAAUCUAUACAACCGCUACCUGGAGGAAAGAGCUGCUAGAAAGAACCCCAAAGCCGUCGCCAAGAUGGUCUCCGCCACCGGGUCCACCACUGCGGUGCCCCAGGAGGAGGAGAGCGACAAUCUGUGGGAGAGUGAGCUGGCGCUGCCCACCGCCACUUCCUGUAAGUCUGUCCUCGUCUGCACAGGGGUCUACAACCCCAACGAAGAGGUGCCGUCUGAUGCAAACCACUGCAUCAAAGAGACCGUGUUCCACGGGCACCGGGACUUCAGAUUCGAUCCUGCGCUGGUGGAGCCAGACCACAUCGUGCAGGACGUGGACGAAGCUGUCGACUGCAUCUUUGAGCAGGAGAAGUUUGUGCCUCAGUAG